CUAAUCCGAGCUCUGCAAAUCUCCAUUCAAUUGUCUUCCACAUCUUCCUCCUCUUAAUUCAGGUAUACGGGCUGAAUUAUGGCAUCGAAGCGCAUAUUGAAGGAGCUUAAGGAUUUGCAGAAGGAUCCUCCCACCUCAUGCAGCGCUGGUCCAGUGGCUGAGGAUAUGUUCCAUUGGCAAGCAACAAUCAUGGGGCCUACAGAUAGCCCUUAUGCAGGAGGUGUAUUUUUGGUCUCAAUCCAUUUCCCUCCUGAUUAUCCUUUCAAGCCUCCAAAGGUUGCAUUUAGAACUAAGGUUUUCCACCCUAACAUCAAUAGCAAUGGAAGUAUAUGUUUGGAUAUCCUUAAAGAGCAAUGGAGUCCGGCUUUGACCAUAUCUAAGGUCCUGUUGUCCAUCUGCUCUCUAUUGACAGAUCCAAACCCAGAUGAUCCACUUGUACCAGAAAUUGCUCAUAUGUACAAGACUGACAGGGCCAAAUACGAGACCACUGCUCGUAGCUGGACUCAAAAAUAUGCGAUGGGAUAACGGCAAGAUUGUCCUCGGGUGUGUCUGAGACACUUUUAAUUUCAACUAAUUCAUUUUGCUUUCACUCCUAAAUGCAAUGUCUUCAUUGUGCUUUGGAUGAAAGAACAAAAUGUUGGUAAGGAAAUCAGUUUACAUAGACUCCGAUCAUGUCAAGGUUGUCAAGACCGAGAUGUUUCAAUAUGUGAAUAUCUAUUUGUUGAAUUUUGUGAGGGGAGAACCUGAAAUGUAAUUUUACUUUGCUCCUU